AUGGCCGAAUCAAGUACGAGUCCGGCCGUCGAACAGGCUAUGGACAACAACAUCGCGAAACGUGUUUUGCGGAAAAUCGACAGACGAUUAGUUCCGCUCAUGUUCGUCACGUACAUGUUCAAUUUCAUGGAUAAAACAAUACUGUCAAGCGCCGCUGUUUUUGGGUUAAAGGAUGAUACGAAGAACCCUGCUGAUUUCAAUGUGUCUCAGGGACUGGUUGGCCAGCAAUAUAGCUGGGUAUCGUCCGUUUUCUACUUUGGUUACCUGGGCUGGUCAUAUCCAACAACUUUCAUGAUUGCUCGCCUGCCGACAGGUAAAUAUGUGACUGCCAACACGUUUCUUUGGGGCACAGUAGUGGCUCUCACGGCAGCAUGUACCAAUUUCGGCGGACUUAUCACCGUUCGCUUUUUAUUGGGUGUUGCCGAAGCGACCAUUACACCGGCUUUUAUGUUUAUUACAUCGACGUGGUAUACUCGUGAUGAAAUUCCUACUAGGACAGGAAUAUGGUUUGCAGGAAACAGCGUUGGUGGCAUUGUUUCCAGUCUUCUCGCAUAUGGACUGGGACACAUCAAAGGAAGUGUUGGUCCAUGGAGGUGGAUGUUUAUUCUCCUCGGCGUCUUGACCUUUCUAUGGGGAUUCGUCGUGUCGUUUUUACUCCCAGAUUCGAUUUCAAAAACGACGUUCCUUUCUGAAGAAGAACGCCAAUAUGCAACCAACCGAGUACUUGUAGCGGGAACAGGUACUACGGAAGAAACGGCCUGGAAGUGGGAUCAAGUGGUGGAAUGCCUGGUGGACCCAAAAACGUGGCUCAUCUUCGGACUGGAGCUUUUGACUCAGAUACCGAAUGGAGGUACCCAGAACUUCGCCAACCUCGUUAUCGUGUCCUUUGGAUUUACCAGUCUUCAGUCCACGCUGAUCAAUAUCCCAUACUCGCUGAUCACGGUGGCUACCAUUGCUGGCACGGGGUGGUUGGCGGGUCGUUAUCGCCAAGUCAAUUGUCUUCUCAUCAUCGCCGUCGUUCUCCCCUGCGUUAUUGGUAGUGCGAUUAUCUACUCCCGUGCCCAUGUUGUUCUGGGCGUUCAGCUGUUUGGAUAUUUCUUGCUAUCCACCGGGUCGGCUGCAAUGCCUCUUGCUAUGUCGCUUGUACAAGCUAAUUAUCGUGGGGUGACUAAGAAGAUGACCGUGACAGCUUUGCUAUUCUUGGCUUACUGUGCUGGAAACAUCUCUGGUCCUCAAUUUUUUCUCAGUGAUGAAGCACCUACAUAUGGUACCGCUUUUCGCACAAUCAUGAUUUGUUACGCUCUCACUAUCAUUCUAGCAUUAUGUCUGCGCUUUUAUCUUCAAUGGAUGAAUGCUCAGCGUGUACGUCGCGAAGGAUUUGAAGGCAGCGCUGGAAAUGCGGGUGCCGUCGGAGGGGGUAAAAUUCUAGAUGGGGAUAAUAAUUCCCAAAAUGUGGUUGACAUGGUGAAUCGGGUUCAGCUGGUAUCUGAUGAUUAUGAGGAUAUAACGGAUUGGAAGACGCCAGGUUUCAGGUACCGAUACUAG